CUGUCCUCAUCUCUGACAGUCACAGGACCCAAGCGGCGUGAUACGUUUGAGUUCAGCUGUCAGAUUUUAUUCAGUGGGAGGGACCAACCUUCCAUAUAAAGACUGGUAUUCCUGUUGUUCAGUUUAAGGAAGUGUGAGUACAGUACAGGAAGGAGUCGAAUAACUUCACUGGCUGACGCUCUGGAAAACAGGACGCUUUUUACUACAGGCUGAAACAAAAGUGAAAGUACAAGUGAAGAAAAUGAUGCUGAGGAUCAGUGUGUGGCUGUUAAUGGGGGUGUUUGUGUGGGACUUUGCGUCCUGCGACAUCACCUGUCCUGACGGAACAGUCUGCAAGGAUGACAACACCUGCUGUAUGACUACAAAUGGCUAUAGCUGCUGUCCUUAUCCAAAUGCCGUGUGCUGCACAGACCUGAUUCACUGCUGUCCCUCGGGCUUUAGUUGUGACCUGGCCGCCCAGAUGUGUGAGCAACAGGGCCAGCCGUGGAUGAAGAUACCCAUGAGGAAGAAGGAGGCUGCAGAGGAACCGGCCUCUCUUGUUCUACCUGUUUCUCCCCUGCAGGAGCUCACAAACAACCACGUCCCAGAGGCAUCAAAGAGCUCAGUCGUCUAUUGCGACGGCUACCACACUUGUCCAGAUCGCACUACCUGCUGCAGACACCCCACAGGUGUCUGGUUCUGUUGCCCUUACUUUCCUGGCCGCUGCUGUCUGGAUGGCUACCACUGUUGCCCAUAUGGCUUUGACUGUGACGUCACUUACACCCACUGUGUGAGGGAGGGCCUGAGAUAUCCUUUCACCCCCAGACAAGCUCUGUCGUCAGUCCCCGCCUCUCUCAUUUCACCUCCAGACGACGAGGUCAGCUUUCAGCAGACACCUAUGACAGCUCUAACAGAGGCCAGUGACAGGUCCCCCAAGGCUGGAGUGGUUCGCUGUGAUUCCAAAUCUUACUGCUCAGACGGGAUGACUUGCUGCAAAGGAUCCAAAGGCCAGUGGACCUGCUGCCCCCACCCACUGGGCCAGUGUUGCUCAGAUGGUCUGCACUGCUGUCCAUAUGGGUCCACCUGCGACCCCUCCUCCAGGAAAUGCACGAGAUUUUACUCUGUGCUCCCCUCAGGAUCACAGGAACAUGUGAAAACAUACUGAGGACAUGCUGUUACAGUUCCCCCGUGGCAGCUUUUUGAGAGAGAACCUGUGGUAGCCUUCAGUUGUCAUAAAAACUCAAAAGGUGUUUACUGUGUCCAGUUUGGGCUACUGUAAAAAACAUGGCGGCCUCCGUAGGGAGGAUCCGCUCCCAAUGUAAAUAUAAAGCAUUUGAAUAUAAAGGAUCUAUUGGAGGGUAAAGAAAACAUUCCGUACAUUUUAGAUGAUUUACACUCUAGUGAAAACAUCACUAGGAUUAUUUUAUUAUCAAUUUCUGCCAAUAGAUCCCUUUCAUCUAAAUCUUACACACUGAACCUUUAACAGAAACAGAACAGAAUUAUAAUUACCAUGAGAAGAGGAAGUUUAGAAUUAGUUUAGAAUUACACUCAAUAGACAGUCUAACGGAUCAAUAAUCUGCACAUAACAUAGUUCCUACUACUCAUUGUCUAUUCUGUUUUGGUAUUGUAUGUUUGGAUCUUACAAAUAGUUUGAUAUCAGCAUUACAUUUUCAUAUCUGUAUUUUUUUUUAACUGAUUUUAUUAAAAAACAUUUGCAUGAUUAAAUCAAAUCAAACAAUCAAGUUUUAGAGUAAAUCUUAAUCUGAUGAUUUUUUUCUCACUGUCAUUCCUUUCAAAGCCAAAAAUAAAUACACUGUCAAAUAAAA